AUGUCGGACGCGAUAGAAAAGUCCCCUCAGGCAGCCGAAUCCCCCAUCUCGGAGAAACUGACGUCGAAUACCCAGACGAAAGAAGACACGCAUCUGCCACAACCCCGCGGCACAGAGACCGAGGCUCAACAAAAGUGGUAUCAGUAUUUCUCGCCCAGCGACACCCCAGCAGAGAGACGUCUCAUAUUGAAGCUCGAUGGACUGAUCAUCGUGUUCUUGUUCCUGGCGCAUUGGGCCAAGGUCCUGGAUUCAUCGGCGACGAGCACGGCCUACGUGAGUGGGAUGAAAGAGGACUUGGAAUUAUGGGGGAAUGAGUUGAAUUACUUGAAUACGGUCUACAUGUACUCCAUCCUGAUCCAUUCACUUGCACCUCGUUGUCAUUGCAAGACUAAUAUGCAAUUAGGGUUGGUUUUAUCACGAUGCAAAUUCCAUUGA